AUGUCGAAGCAUGAUAAAGCAUGGAAUAAUCGAUUCAGACAACUUAUCGAAUAUAAGAACAAGUUUGGAAACUGCAGUGUGCCUCUACGAUUCAAGAGUAACCCUUCGCUUGGGAGAUGGGUCAAUCGACAGCGUGAAGCAAUGAACAAGCACAUUUUGGGUUGGGAGAGAGAGACACUGCUGAACGACAUUGGUUUUGAAUGGAACCAGCAAGCAUCCUCUCCGUCAGUUGCAUGGCAAGCCAGGUUCGACCAACUAGUAGAGUUCAAGAAGGAUCAUCACCACUGCAACGUGCCACAGAAUUAUAGCAGAAGGAAAGGUUUGGGAGGCUGGGUGAACCGCCAGCGAACUGCGAGGGCCAAGGGAACCCUGCUACCAGAACGCCAGAAACUUCUGGAAUCCAUAGAUUUUUCUUGGAACAUGAAACAUGAUGCAUGGGACAUUCGCUACGCGCAACUUGUGAAAUAUAAGAUCGAAUAUGGCAACUGUGAUGUACCACAUGGUCAUAAGAACAUAGAGCUAAGUAAAUGGGUCCAAAAACAGCGAUACCUAGCAACGUUGAAAACUAAAGGAACGAAAACUAAUCUGACUGACGUUAGGGAAAAGCAGUUGAAUGAGUUAGGCUUUGAAUGGCACCCGUCCAACACAUCAUGGGACAACCAAUACAAGAGGCUCUGCGAAUUCAAAGCAAAGCAUGGGGAUUCUCAUGUCCCACGCCCAUAUCCGGCAGAUCCCAAGCUUAGCAACUGGGUCUUCAAUCAACGAAGCGAGUACUCUAGGAAGCAACGGGGGAUGAAGAACAGUUUGACGAAAGAACGGGAAGCAAAACUAGACUCACUGAACUUUCGAUGGGCCAUCAUGGGAAAGAAACAUAGUGGCUCGUCAUCAGAUGUGCCUACCGGUACUGCUGGCCCAUCACGAACUUCUUCAUUGCCGGAUGGAUAUCAGCCAAUGUCUAAUUAUCCUCCAGGCGUCCAGCAUCAUCCUUAUGCUGUCCUGCUGCCACCUUAUCAGUGGCAACAACGGAUUUCCAAAUUGGGCGACCAACUCCGUCGACAGGAACAAAUAAUAGUUUCAAAACUCCUACAGCUUCGGGGAUAG